AUGUCCGGAAACAACCAAACUUGGAGUUAUAGCACUCAAUCACCACAGCAACCUGUGAGCUCUCAGUAUAAUGCACCGUAUCCUCCCAACAAUCGAGGACCUCAACCUGCCAAUCAACUAAAUCAACGGGGUCAAGGGAAUCCAAUUUAUCCUCACGGCUCUUCCAACACUACAGUUCCUAUCUAUAUACAAACACCAUAUGCGGGAACACCUGGAUCUGUCCCAAGCAAUGCUGAUCCAACUUUCCCAUCUUCUGAGAAUAACAGAACGGUUACAACUUCCACUGAACCUUUCUUGAAUCCAAUUUAUCCUCACGGCUCUUCCAACACUACAGUUCCUAUCUAUAUACAAACACCAUAUGCGGGAACAUCUGGAUCUGUCCCAAGCAAUGCUGAUCCAACUUUCCCAUCUUCUGAGAAUAACAGAACGGUUACAACUUCCACUGAACCUUUCUUGGUACCACAUCUUGUCAACACUGCAGUUACUCCAAAUGCAUGGUACGAUCAAAAUCGUAGGGGUCAAGAGAUUUCAAUUAACCCCCAACGUUGCACACAGAAUUCAAGCAGCCUACCACAGUUAGUUCAUUUGAAUGUACAGCAAUUGAAUGCUGAAAAUCCAUCCGGUGUUCCCCAGCCUAUUUAUCAGAUAGCUCCUCCAUCUUAUGGGAAUAAUAGUAUGGUUAAAAAUCACAAAGGAUUUUUCUCGGGAACUGUUACUGUUGUUACACAAAACUCUGUGUCUCCAGCUGAACAGCAACUCCAAGAUGAAUUGGAUCGAAUGAGACAAGAGGACGAGAGAGUAGAAAGAGAACGUGAGGAGAAGAUUAAAAGACGGAAUGAAGAGAGACUUCGAAAAGCAAAGGAAAUGCAGGAACUCAUGGAAACCAAUUUGAGAAAAGAGAACGAAAUCGAAGCGGCUCGAAGAAAUGAAGCGAAAAUUAGAAUGAAUGAGGAAAUAGAUUCGUUGAAAAACGAAAAUUUGUAUAAGGAUAGACUGAAAGAACAGGCUUAUCUACAAGAACUUCUUGAAUUGAAACGGGAAGGAGAUCAGGAACGAAGAAAUAUUGAGGAUCAAAGGGAGAAAGAACGAAUGAAGCAUGAGAAGAUAAUCAUGGCAAAAGAUAGAAAGUUUGAACAAGAUACCAUUAUGUACGAAAAAGAAGACCACCUAAGAAAGGAAGAACUCAUACGCAUUCAAGAGAAGCAUGAAGAAAGAACGCGUUUAAUUUACGAAGAAAUGGAGAGAAAAAUGGAAGAAGUUCGAAGACUAAACAAAGAAAAAAUGAAUCAAAUGAGAAAGCAAUGGCAGCAAAUCCAGAAGAUGCUUCAGAUGAAAGUUUGGAAUGUAAUUAUCGAGAACAACUGGACGAAUCGACUAAACGUUCUCCGAAACUCGAAUAGAAACAUUAUGGAUCUGUUCAAAAGAUUCUAUGCUGAGGCAAACAAAAUCCAACGUCACUGUGAUAGAUCAGAAGAUGUCAGCAGAGAAAUUCAACGAAUCGUCCCGGUUUUGAAAGCACUAAUUGGCGCUGUUGGACAAGUUGAAAACUUGAUGAAUGAGGAGUCUGAAGUUCUUUACGACCAGUGGCAAAAUACUGGUAAAAGCUUUGUAUACUGCAUAAAGGAUUCAGUGGAUAAAGUAAAGUAUACAUGUAAGAAGUUGAGAAGCUCAUUGAAGAACUACGGAGAGCUGUUGAAAAAAGAACCAACUUAUGUCUCCUCUCAACACGAAUCUUAUCUUGAUCACAUCAAGAAAGACAUUGAUGAUGUGUCAAUGUAUUCGAACAAGAUUCCAACGUUGGCGGAACUCAAACAAGAGUACAGUAACGAUAUGAGAUCGGAAACCCCACCGAAUAGUAGUUCUCAUGAUCUUGUCCCCUUCCAAACUGUGAUAAUUGAAGAGAUUGAAUAA